UAAACGGAGUUUCUCCGGUCUCUGUUCUCCCUCUCUUACAGUGACCGUGAGUCGUGUGGAAAUAUGGCAGCAUCUUCAGCGCGGCGGCUGCAGACCAAACCUGUCAUCACCUGCUUCAAAACCUUUCUUAUCGUCUUCAGUUUUAUUUUCUGGUUUGCAGGUACUGUCCUUUUAGCAGUUGGAAUAUGGGGCAAAGUAAGUUUAGAGGACUACCUGACACUUGUUGCUGAAAAAAGUACGAAUGCUGCCUACGUACUCAUUGGAACUGGUGCUGCCAUCGUCAUAUUUGGUUUCUUUGGCUGCUUUGCAACCUGUCGAGGCAGUACUUGGAUGUUAAAACUAUAUGCAAUGAUCCUGUCACUACUUUUCCUGGCACAACUAGUAGCUGGAAUUUCUGGAUUUAUCUUUCGGCAUGAGAUUAAAACCAUUUUUAAGGAUAAAUUUAAAGAGGCUGUAGAGGAUUACAACAGAACAGGGUCCCCAGUGGAUGACAUCCAGAAAAAUUUACGUUGUUGUGGUGUUCAAAAUUAUACUAAUUGGAUUGAAACUGAAUACUUCAAAGCACAUGGAAUCCCAGCAAGCUGCUGUAAAGAUAUCAGUGACUGUAAAGAUCUGAAAAAUGUUACAGUUGCCAAAGACAAAGUCUUUCAACGGGGUUGCAUUCAAUUAAUCAUUAACUUCAUGGAGACAAAUGUUGGAAUAAUUGCUGGAAUUGCUUUUGGAAUUGGCUUUUUCCAGUUGAUUGGAAUCAUGCUAGCCUGUUGUUUAUCAAGAUACAUCACAAACAACCAAUAUGAAAUGGUUUAAUGGAUCUAUCCAGGAGACCAGCACCUCUGCAGUUAAAGGAACCAAGCCAACAGACAUGUCUGUCUGUCUCUCUCUAAGCAAAACUGAUUUUGGUCAACGUUUUGCGGGUUUUUGGUGUAAUGUGCCACAGUAAUAGUGUUUAACCUUUCCAUAUUUAUCUCAAAGUUUAGAUAUGUAUGAGGCUGUACUGGUUAGUAAGAAAUGUAGAAUCUGUUCAGUCAGAAAAGCCUCAGUUUUACUGUCACAUACUACCUUGAGCUUUUCCAGUAUUGGAAAUUUUCUUGGCUUUUGAUGACUGAUUCUGUCUUUAUUGUCAAUAACUAAAUCUUUUGUCAUACAGACUAAAGUUUUUACAUAUUUUUACAAAAUUGAAGUUCAUCCUAUUGAAGGGAAUGAAACCCUAAAUAUAGUAUUUUUCUACAAUGCAUUGGAUAGCAGCUGUUUUACAGAGACUAUGACCUUUGGAAGGUGAAGCAAGUACCUUGAUGUUCUGAAAUUCUGAAUGAUUGCUUCUUCAAUUCUUACAUCCCCAAUUAUAUGCACAAGUAUACGCGUACACGUCUAACAGCUUAAACUAGGGCAGUUUGAUAUAAUUGGAAUUGGGCAAAUAUAUUUAAACCACAGGAGCUUUUUAUUAAUUACCCACAAAAGAACAAAAUAAAUUAUAGAUGCAAUUAAAACAAAUACAUAUUACAUACAAAUUUAAAUUUAUGAAGUGCAGUUUCUGUAUUUAAAAUCCAAUAUAAAGGUUACAAUUUUAGAGGUUUGAUUAGACUUGUGGAGGAUCAUGACUGAUCAUAAACAAAAUUGGAAUACUUGGGCUGCCUUGCCAUUUUCUCAGUGGCAUUGGUAGUAAAUUUGACCAUAAAUGACCAUAUUAAUUUAAAAGGCAUAUGCUCCUGUGGUAUGAUGCUGCAAAAUGAUCCUUUCAGUCUCCUCUUAAUUCAAUUUAAUAAAGAUUUCCUGUGUCGUGUUCACCCAUCCUCUCAUCUUAAGCACGGGAGAGUGUAUGCAGAGAAGAGCUUCAGUAUAAUGGAAAAUGUAAUGUCUUUCUGUGUCUUCCUCCUGUAUGUAAGCCAUCUGAUCUAAGAAUAAACUAAUUGUAGGAGCUAAACCUUCAUUUGUGAUCAUUUCU